UCUCAUACUUUACAAGAUUCGAUGCUCCAUUAGUUUAGUGCUGUACCCGAACCGAAUAUAUGUCGCCCUAUAUGACCACGUACAACCUUGCCUAGCUAGCUACAAAUUAAACCAAUCAAUACAUUCAAGCUGAUAACUGAACAAGCGAUCAAUAUCGGCGCCAUGGCUCAGCUUCACUCUCUGGAAACCAAAGUCCCGAUGAAAUCCCCCGAGAAGCUAGCAGCUGUGUUCAGGGACAACGUCCACUCCCUGCCUCAGUUGGUUCCCGGGAUCAUCAAGACCGCCGAGAUCAUCGGAGGAGGCCGCCAAAUGGCUCCUGGCUCCGUCUUCAUCUCCCAAUAUUCCUUCCCUGGGAGUCCCUUGAUGAGUGUGAAGAUCAAGUGGGAAGCGGUGGACGAAGCAGAAGGGAAGUGGCUGACGUUGAGGGUGAUAGACGGCGAGAUGCUGGAGAUGUACAAGAGCUACUGCGUCAGAGUCGAAAUCGACCGCGAUGCUGGACAGGUUGGGUGGCUGAUUGAGUACGAGAAGGCAAACCCAAACGUUCCUCCUCCUCGCCAAUAUGCUGAACUGAUCUAUACCCAGCUCUGCAAAGCCUCCGACAAUUAAUUAGUGCAUGCAGUUCAAGUGUUAUACUUAUAUAUAUGUUAUAGUACGUACGUAACCCUAGAUGAUGAUGAUCAACUUAAUCCUCAGUUGGUUUCAAGGGGAUUGAAUAAGAGACCGUGGAGAUAUAUAUGGCAACGGGCUGCUUUCUCCCAUGGCUUUUUUAUGUGUUACUUUGGGAUCUCUCUCGAAUCUCAACUGGAUACAGGUCUGUGACUGAUAGAUGUUUGUGUUAGUGUACCGUAGUAAACUGGUUAUUGUUGCGCGCGGGACGGUUAUUGUUACAUCGAAAAUAUAAGUGAAGGAAAUUUGUAUAUUACUGUCCAUCAAAUUCUUUCAUACCAAAUUUUUGACAAGGGUAUACAAAAAGUAAAUUUGGGUAGACUUUUUAUACUCCAACAAAAUUUAUUCCUAAACAUGCAUGGUACUCAAAUUCAAUUAGAUUAAAUCGGUGAUUCUGAUUCGUCGAAAGACAUCCAACAUAUCACUAGAUGCAUUAUUUUAAAGUUUAGCGUUUAGGUAACUAGAAAACAUAUAUGGUUUAUUUAUUAGGGUUGGAGGUAUAUUAUCAUGCUCCAAAAGUUUGGCUAAUUCAAGCUUUAAUGACUUUUCCUUACUAAGACUACGUAAUAUCCCUAAUCUACUAGGGUUACGAUAGAACUCCCAUGCAAAGCAGUUAAAAUCAAGAUUUUACCUAAAAUCGAAAACUGGGGUAAAAUCAGAAUCGUAGAAUCGUAGAAUUUUAAGUACCUUAUAUAAAUUAACAUAUAAUAAUAUUGAUAAGGUAAAUAAUUAAUAACACAAAGACUUAUAACAUUUAAAGUGAUAAUUUUCAAGAUUAAUGUUCCAAAAUCAUCAUUUUAAUUGUUAUUUAAUGGGUAACUCAAAAUAAUUUAUGAGGAAGGGAUAGAGCUCAUGGGGUUUGGCUCUUGUUUUUCAUGUUGUGUCUAUGUAGUUUAACUCAAAGUAGUAUUCCGACAUCGUCUACUAAGCAUGAUUUAAAACUAAGAAUAACUAAAAUCCAAUAAUAUAAUUAAUGACAUUGGUUUGGUACAAAUAUAUUCAUUAAUUAAAUAAUUUGUUAAUAAUGAUGUUAAUUCUUACGCACUUCCAAUAUUCUGACAAUUGUUUUACUGAUGAAUUAAAGAAGGAGAAGGGAAAGGGGUUGACCGAACCCUAAUUAGCUUUUCUUCUUCUUUUCAAAUGUUCUUUUAAUAGGAAAAAUAUAUGAGAAUAUCCUCGUCAUUGCCCUUUCCACCGAAACAGUUCUGCUUCUUUUGAAUUGGCUCAAGCUCCCUAUUUAGUUCACAUAGGAUCAAAAUCCUGAUUUUGGUACGAUUCUACAAUUUUAACGAUUUUAAUCUCGAUUUUAAAGGUCCACCGUUUUAUAGUAAAAUCAGGAUCGAAAU